AUGUCUCGGAAACGUCCCAUCGCUAGCGCUAAGCGCACACGCACUGCGCGGACCUUUGAUGAGGUACCGAAGAAAUCAAAGGUGGUGCUGCUGUCUUGUGGGUCUUUCAACCCAGUGACAAAUAUGCACCUGCGCAUGUUUGAACUGGCAAGAGAUCACCUGGAGGACACGGGACGGUAUGAAGUGGUGAAGGGGAUCCUGUCACCAGUGGGCGAUGGCUACAAGAAGAUAGGCCUGAUCGAGGCCAGCCAUCGGGUGGAAAUGGCCAAGCUGGCGGUAGAGAGCUCCAGCUGGAUUGAGGUGGACAGCUGGGAGAGCAGGCAGGCCGACUGGCAAGAGACAGUCAAAGUGCUACGGCAUCAACAACAGGAACUGCUCUCCCAGGAACCGGACACUGAUGUGGUAGGCACUGCAAAACCUGGCAGGAAAAGAAAACGCAUGGAUGCCAGCAGUGCCACCAAGAGGAGGAAGCUCGAAGAGCCUGAUAUUGCACCUAAAAAAACAGGUGAGCCGCGCGUGAUGCUACUCUGCGGUGCUGAUGUGCUGGAAUCAUUCGGUGUGCCGGGGCUGUGGAAGCCUCAGCACAUCGAGGAGAUUGCCAGCACAUUUGGACUGGUGUGCAUCACCCGCGGCGGAUCGGAUGCGGAAGCCUUCAUACAGGGCUCCGACCUCCUCUUGCCACACCGCAGCAACAUCCACGUGGUGCAGGAGUGGGUGGCCAACGAUGUGUCGGCCACUCGCAUCCGCCACGGGCUGCGGUGUGGCCACAGUGUCCGCUACCUUCUGCCCGACCCGGUGCUCGGCUACAUUCAGGAGCGGCAGCUGUACAAUGCGGAGAGUGAGCAGAGGAACGAAGGGGUUGUGCUGGCUCCUCUCCAGAAAUGUGCAAGAACGCAGGAGUAAACACAACCCCCCUCUGCCACUCUGCCCUCCUGUAGCCUCGUCAACUUGCCAUUUCCAUCUUCCCAUUGGUUUGGAAUCCCCUUAAUGCAUCACCAAGAGGAGGAAGCUUGAGGAGGCAGAGAUUGCACCCAAGGGGCCACCUCAAAAAACAGACGAGCCGCGGUUGACGCUGCUGUUUGACGCUGACGUGCUGGACUCUUUCGGGGAGCCUGGGCUGUGGAAGCCCCAGGACACCGUGGAGAUCAUCAGCAGCUACAGACUGGUGGCUCCGACCUCCUCUGGCCACACUGCCGCAACAUCCACAUGUUGUGCGAGUGGGUGACUGACAACGUGUCCGGUACCUGCUGCUCGACUCGGUGCUGAGCUACACCCAGGAUCGGCGGCUCUACACUGCUGAGAGUGAGCAGAGGAAUGCUGGCAUUGUAUUGGCUUCUCUGCAGAAACACGCAGGGAACCUAACUGACUUGAACAUUGACUUGAACAAAUGUCCCCAGUCAGUAGAUGUUGAAUGCAUUCUAAGUAAAUAAAGGCUUUAAUCGUCAAGUUUAAAGAAUAAA